CAAACGUGAUUGUGCGUAAAACUGGUGCCGUUCCGCGUUCCCUGAAAACAAGAUAAUUUUUAAUUUGGCUGAUACUAGUUGAAACACUACUAACUAUUUCGAAAGGUUCCUAUAAGAACUCUCUGUUAGCCAAGGUAGCAUAAAGCCGUUCAUCAUGGGGAAAAUGUCGAAACGUAGUGCCCAGUCGGAUCUCAACCACGACAAUUGGAACGAGGAAGAGGAACCGGAGGAGGCCGGAAAGUUCGCCCUAGCAACGGAGGACGAACUCAAAAAACGAGUCAUUAAAACAGCUCGCCGGCGUGUAGCCGGAGCAGAUUCCGGUGCCGGUUCCGGCAGUGGAUCAGUUUUCAGUGGCUUCAAGGGAUUUGCCGCUGCAACGUCCACCCCGGCAGCAACAACGGUAGCGAAGCCAGCUGACGGAGCUAGUCCGUUUUCAUUUCUGAGCAACAUCACUAAACCGACGAAUGGAACUGCCACUGCGACGGCAGCAUCUCCGGGGGCAAGUUCGAUUGCAAGCGCGACGACCUCCGCACUUGGUGCCAGUAUUUUUGCAUCCACCGAUCCGAAUAAGAAGAUUUUCUCCGGGUUCGGAAGCCCUCCGAAGACGCUAUUGGGCAGCGGCGGUGCGAACGAGAAGAAGGAGACAGGAGAUGCAAAAACGGAUGAAUAUGCGGCCAGUAUCAAAGCGUUGAACCAAUCGGUUGCGGAUUGGAUUUCGGACAAGGUGAAGGAAAAUCCACUCUGCAAGUUGACGCCGAUUUUCAAGGAUUACGAGAAGUAUUUGGGCGAAAUUGAGGCCAAGAAGGAUAAGGUGGAAAGCAAGGAACCUGCCAAAACAACCCCGACUUCGGUUAAGAGUGGAUUUACUUUUGGAAGUGUGUCCCCCGCCGCACCUGCGGCUACGACAGCUCCAGCAAAGACAUUCAGCUUCGGAAUCAGUACUUCGCCGGCCACGACACCCAGCACCGGUUUCACAUUCGCCAAUGUGGUGAAGCCUGUCGAGGAGAAGAAAUCCGACAACAAGGAAGACGCCGAUGCGGACGAGGAUGAACCACCGAAGGUCGAAUUCACCCCGGUCGAAGAGAAGGACAGCCUCUACUCGAAGCGGUGCAAGUUGUUCGUCAAGGUAGAGGGAAACUUCAGCGACCGUGGCGUCGGAACCGUGCACAUCAAGAAGGUGGACUCCAAGGUGCAGGUGCUGGUCCGAGCGGAUACCAGCCUGGGUAAUAUUCUGCUCAAUAUCAUCCUGAACGAGUCCGUCCCACUGCAGCGGAUGGGCAAAAACAAUGUGAUGAUGAUAUGCUUGCCAACGCCAGACUCAAAACCGCCGCCAACAUCGGUGCUUCUACGAGUUAAGACGGCCACAGAAGCCGACGAGCUUUUCGAGACGUUGAACAAGUACAAACCCAAGUAGAGCUGAGAAGUUGCGGUGGUACUUUGUGAACAGAUGUAUUCCUGAUUAUUAAAUAAAUUGCGAUGGCAUUGAAAAUUGAAUCUUGGGUGUUUACUAUUACCGAAAUUUCCCUACAUUGACUCCCAGCUACUUACGACUGUCCCAAAGAAACCUAGAAAACUUUUCUUGAUGUCCUAAGAUCCCAUCUCUGGUAUUUCCUAGUAGGUACCUACGUUUUAAAAUUUCCUCUAAAUUACCUCAAACCCACCUGUGUGUUGAUCACCUCAUUCACAUCCUAAAUGGAUUUCACUGUAAACUCUCAAGAAAAUACUCCGAAUACACUCGGUUGUUUCCCGUUUGGAACUAUUUUUCCGGAAUUUAUUUUCUUCACUCCUUCCCUCCAGUAUUUCGAACGAAUCCCAACGGAUCCGUUCUACAGUUCUUCCGCUUACGACUUAAAACAAAAGUGUUGAACAAAAUUCACCCAAAGUUUAGGCUUUGACGGCGUACUUUCGCGUUGGGAACUU